AUGGCUGCCAACCACUCGCCCUGGCUGCAUCAGUCGUACCCCACCAAAGACGAAGAGGUGACAGAGACUGCCGAAGUCCACAACAACGGGCACAAUGCCACCAUCGCCACCACCAACGAGGAGCGCGACCUGAAGCGCGGUCUCUCUGAGCGCCAUGUCGCCAUGCUGGGUAUCGCCGGAGCCAUCGGCACUGGUCUCUUCCUCGGUCUUGGGUCCUCAGUGCAAAAGGCCGGCCCAGCUGGUGCGCUGCUCGCGUAUGCGACUGUCGGCCUGGUCGUGUGCGCGGUGCAAUUUGCGCUGGGAGAGGUCGCUGCCCUCAUGCCCGUGACCGGCGCGUUCGUCCGCCACGCCGAGUUUCUCGUCGACCCUGCGCUUGGAUUUGCAGUGGGUUGGAAUCUGGUUUACGGGACGACUUUGUCCAUCCCGGCGGAGAUCACGGCCAUCUGCGUGCUGUUUCAGUACUGGACGGACCUCAGCCCUGCCGUGUUCAUUGUCAUCUUCAUGGUCCUCACAGUAGCCGUUGGAUUUUCUCUUGUUAGGGUUUUUGGUGAGGUCGAAUACAUCUUUGGCUGGCUUAAGAUUCUCCUCGUCAUCUUUCUCAUCAUUCUCGGUCUCGUUAUCAACCUGGGCGGCGUGCCAGGAACACCGCGAAUCGGUUUCAAGUACUGGUAUUCGCCCGGCCCAUGGGCGGAAUAUAUUGGAACUGGCCACUGGGGCGAGUUUCUGGGAUACUGGUCUGUCAUGACGGGCGCGGUGUUUUCCUUUGCUGGAACGGAGUCGAUUGCUAUGGCAGCCGCGGAGACACGCAACCCGCGCAAGGCUAUCCCGAGAGCCUGCAAAAACGUGUUCAUCCGAGUUCUUGUAUUUUACCUGCUGGCAAUCUUGAUUGUCGGUAUGUUGGUCCCGAGCGAUGACGAGCGUCUCAACAACGAUGGCAGUGAUGCAACUGCUUCGCCCUUCGUUAUUGCAGCUUCGGCAGCUGGAUUACCCGCCAUUCCAAGUGUUGUAAACGCCAUUGUGAUUACCUCCGCCUGGUCUGCGUCGAACCAGAGUCUGCUGUCUGGAACCCGUGUGCUUUACGGCCUCGCUCUCAAAGGUCAUGCGCCUCGCAUCUUCUUGCGGACCACGAGCUGGGGUGUCCCGUAUGUCUGUGUCUCUCUAUACACCGCCGUCAUGUUCCUGAGCUUUAUGAGUCUCUCGAAUGGCGCCAUCACUGUCUUCUGGUGGUUGGUCAGCCUAACCUCAGCUGGAACGCUCGUGUCUUGGUCAACAAUUCUAUUCAACCACAUCCGUCUGCGACUAGCUCUGAAGAAGCAAAACAUCCCUUAUACGCGGCUCCCAUGGGCAAAUCGUUUCACUUUGCACAGCUCGAUCGCCGCCUUGGGAAUGUGUUUCAUUAUCAUUCUCACGAGCGGAUUCACAGUUUUCACCAAAGGAAACUGGGACCCCAGUUCCUUUGUAUCAUCUUACUUGGAUUUCCCGCUGGUACUCGCGGCGUUCCUCUUUUGGAAAUUCUACAAGAAAACCAGGUUCUUGUCUCUCGAUGAUAUAGACAUAGAGCGUGCUUUGCGGGAGGCUGAUGAGGACAAACGAUAUUGA